UCAUCCUUUCUUUCUCCUCCAGCCGCCCAAGAUGCCGAAAGGAAAGAAGGCCAAGGGGAAGAAGGUGGCCCCGGCCCCCGCCGUGGUCAAGAAGCAGGAAGCCAAGAAGGUGGUGAACCCGCUGUUCGAGAAGAGGCCGAAAAACUUCGGCAUCGGACAGGACAUCCAGCCCAAAAGGGACCUUACUCGCUUUGUAAAGUGGCCCCGCUACAUCCGGCUGCAGCGGCAGAGGGCCAUUCUCUAUAAGCGGCUCAAAGUGCCUCCUGCGAUUAACCAGUUCACCCAGGCCUUGGACCGCCAAACAGCCACCCAGCUGCUCAAGCUGGCCCACAAGUACAGACCAGAGACGAAGCAGGAGAAGAAGCAGAGGCUGUUGGCCCGGGCUGAGAAGAAGGCUGCUGGCAAAGGGGAUGUCCCCACAAAGAGACCACCAGUCCUUCGAGCAGGAGUCAAUACUGUCACCACCUUGGUAGAGAACAAGAAGGCUCAGCUGGUGGUGAUUGCACAUGACGUGGAUCCCAUCGAGCUGGUUGUCUUCCUGCCUGCCCUGUGUCGCAAGAUGGGAGUCCCUUACUGCAUCAUCAAGGGGAAGGCCAGGUUGGGACGUCUGGUUCACAGGAAGACGUGCACCACGGUUGCCUUCACACAGGUUAACUCGGAAGACAAAGGAGCUCUGGCUAAGCUGGUGGAAGCUAUCAGAACCAACUACAAUGACAGAUAUGAUGAGAUCCGUCGCCACUGGGGAGGCAACGUCCUGGGUCCAAAAUCUGUGGCUCGAAUCGCCAAGCUAGAAAAGGCAAAGGCUAAAGAACUCGCCACGAAACUGGGAUGAACGUACAUGCUUGGGUUUCUGUACAUAAAAAUAAUAAAUUGUCCUUCAUCCAG